AUGUUGUCGAACAAGCGGUUAGUUUUCACAUGUGCCCUAAUUUUUAGCAGUAAUAUGGCCCUACUAGGGUUGUUCGUAAAAUAUAAUAUCGGGGAAAAGUGUUACAUUACAGUCGACGAGCACCAAGACUUUCAUCCUGUUAUACCUGAUGAUUUUUUAAGUAUUGGCAUCGAUACAUCCGAAGUACAGAACUAUGAUUCUAUUGAUUUUACUAAGACGCGGUUCAGAGAGCUAGCCGCAGCUCUGUCUCCAGCGAGACUGCGCCUCGGCGGCACAAUGUCCGAUCGGUUGAUUUUCAGUGUUGAAGACAUCCCUUCGGCGUCGUGUGAUCACUGUCCAUCGGCACCUGGCGCAGAAUCAACUUGUACUGCAAUUCAAACAUUUUGUAAGCAUAAAUUUCUUCCAUUUUUCAUUUUGAGCGGCAAGAAGUGGACAGAAAUAAAUGAAUUUUGUUUAGCCACUAACAUUAAGUUACUUUUUUCUCUCAACGUAUUAAUCCGCGACGAUCACGAAUGGAAGCCUCAAAACGCUAUAGAAAUUUUAGAAUAUUCAAAGCAGAAGAAUUUUGAUGUGGACUGGCAACUUGGUAAUGAACCUAACUCAUUCCGUCACGUUUUUAAUGUAACUAUUAGCCCUCAGACUCUGGCUCAUGAUUUCAAAAAGCUUAGAAAGCUUCUAAACCAUCAUGGAUACAAAAAAUCUUUGUUAGUGGGUCCGGAUACCACUAGACCACAAGAACACCAACCAAAUUGUCUUCAGUACAUGAUAGAAUUCCUAGGUAACGGCUCUCACUUUAUAAACGCUAGAGCCUGGCAUCAGUAUUAUUUAAACAGCCGAACUGCAACGUUGGAAGACUUUUGGAAUCCAGAUACAUUUGACUUACUGAAGAAACAAAUUGAAACAAUGCAAAAUCACACCAAGAAAUACCAUAACAUCCCCAUGUGGCUGAGUGAGACGAGCAGUUCUUACGGGGGUGGAGCACCUGGACUUUCAAAUUCGUACGCUGGUACUCCACUCUGGCUAGACAAAUUGGGUUUGUCUGCUAAAUAUAAUAUAACUACUGUCAUAAGACAAAGUUUCUUCGGAGGGAAUUACAGUCUUAUCGACGAGAAGCUUGAACCGUUACCGGACUGGUGGGUGAGCGUUCUGUACAAGAGGCUUGUUGGUAAUAAAGUCCUACGCGUGAACUGUAAGUGCUCCCGCUUUCAAAGGAUAUAUGCUCACUGCACUAAUAGAAAGUAUACAAACGACACAACAGCCAUAACAGUUUACGCCAUCAACUUACAAAUGGAUAAAGCGAGGUUCCUUCUAAAUGGUACAGCUUUACACGGUGCCAAUUUGAAUAUAGACGAGUAUAUUAUAAAUGCUCCAUCUAACAACAGAAGAACUAAGACAGUACUCUUGAAUGGAUGGCCCCUUUAUUACGAGACAUCAUUUCCUGAUAUGCAGCCAAACCACAUUAAAUAUGGUAAUCAUAUAUCCAUGCCUCCGUAUUCCAUUGGUUUUUGGGUAAUUAAAAAUACCUCUAUACAAAAUUGUAAGUAAAUUAAAAAAAGGCUAUAAAAAUAUUUUCAACAAUUUAAAAUGUCAGAUCAGAUUAAUAGCUACAGGAGACU